AAAGAGCAGUGGGACUUGGUUUCCAGGGUCAGCAGACUGCAGAGGUGUCAGGAUAUUGAAGGAGAUUUAAGGGGAAAAAAAAGGGUAACCUUACGUUGAGAAAGUAAAUUGCUAACUCCAAAGUCCGUAGUUAACAAAUUGUAGCUGUUCUAUUCAAUAAGGCCUUUCCUGAGGUAAUCUCAUUCAUGCUUUUUAACCAAGAUGACUGCAUGAAUGGAAAGCAAAGGCAGAACUUGGGGGCUAAAAGACAGUUUUGAGCUCAUAUGGCCACAUUCUUAAAUUAUCAAGAUGCUGGCCUCUGAAUGGACUGAAUACUGAACAGGUGUAACAUAUAGGAGCUCUUUUGUUUAAGUGUUAGCGUAGCUGGUAUGCUAGAAACAAUAAUGUAUUCGUAUUAACAAGGUUGCAUGAAAAUUGAACACUAAAGUUCUGCAUGUGGAAGCAAAUAUCUUUAGCCAACUAUAUCAUCAAGGCAUGGAGGAUCAGAAGCUGCCUUGUGUGCUAAUUGACUGCAUAGGAGAGAAGCACGGAGUAUAUGAAGAACAUGUUGAAUUUCUGAAGGAACAUUUUUGUCUCAUCACCAUGAAAGAAUAUGUUGCAAACAAGAAAAUUCUUGGCAAAAAGAUCAGAGCUAUUUAUAUGUGGUAUCACAAACCAGUUAUUAAUGAAGAAUUACUCCAGAGCCUACCUAACCUGAAGAUAGUUGCAAGCUCUGGAGUGGGAAUAGAUCAUUUGGACCUGAACCUCCUCUCCCGCUAUGGUGUGAAAGUGUCUAACACUCCAUUUAUUGUUUCCACUGACACUGCAGACUUGGGGAUGGCUUUGAUGCUGGCAUCCUCCAGGAGACUUGUGGAAGGCUAUCAAAUGGCAGUUUCCCCUGACACUGAGUAUUUCCCUGCCAACUGGCUGGGGGCUGAGGUUUCUGGAGCUACUCUAGGGAUCAUUGGAAUGGGCACCAUUGGCUACAAAGUGGCUGAGAGAGCCAAAGCCUUUGAAAUGAAAAUUUUGUACCACAACAGGAAACAGAGAAACAAGGAAGAAGAAAAUGCUGUUGGAGCCACCUACUGUAAGAAGAUAGAUGAUUUGCUCCAGCAGUCAGAUUUUGUGAUGUUAGCUGUGAACCUGACACCUCAGACACACAAACUGAUUGGGAAGAGGGAACUACAGCUGAUGAAACCCACAGCUACUCUCAUUAACAUCAGCAGAGGUCUGGUUGUAGAUCAGGAUGAUUUGGUGGAAGCCCUUCAAAACAAAGUUAUUAAGGCAGCUGCUCUGGAUGUGACAUAUCCUGAACCUUUGCCAAGGGAUCACCCUUUGUUAAAAAUGGAGAAUGUCUUAAUAACUCCUCACAUUGGAAGUGCCACCACAAAGACACGCCGCCUUAUGAUGGAAAACAUGACUGAAAGCAUACAAGCAGCUCUUAAAAGUCUUCCUAUCCCUCAUGAAGUAUUACUGUAAAGUGGCUUGCGUUUAACGUUAACAUCAUUAGCGUUUAUCCUAGUGUGAGGAAACAGUAAUUUGAUAACCUUUCAUGUAAUUAGCCCAUAUAGGUUAUACAGAAUAAAUGUAGAAGUAUGAUUUUAAUUAGAUGGUUUUAAUUUA